AAGAGAAAGUACAUGUUUGCUGGUGGAGUUUAACUUGUGAUUUCAUGAAGAAUGAAAGUGUGUAAAGAUUUGGUAAAGAUGAAAAUCUCACUUGGAACGCUCUGUGUUCUGGUCUUCUGGUGUCUUGAACAAAUACAGGACUGUAGAGGACAGACUCUGAUUGGUUCAUCACAGCCGAUACUCACCAGAAUCGGUGAAGAUGCCAUUUUGACGUGUUUUUUAAAACCUCCCAGAGACGUUGCAGCUUCAACUUUGGAGUGGACUCGACCAGACCUGCAGCCCAGAUUUGUUUUUGUUUGGCAAAAUAAGGAGAUAAAAGAUAUAAAAAACAAACAAUUUGAAAACCGAGUGUUCUUGUACCAAGACGCACUGAAACAUGGGGAUGUUUCACUGAAACUGAUGAACGUGAAACCAAAGGACAGUGGAGUUUACAGGUGCUUCAUCCCUGCACUGAGAGAAGAAACCUCCAUCAGACUAAUUGUUGCCUCGUCGUCUCCAGUGGUGGUGUCUGUAGCGUCGGUGGAUGUGUGGGGUUCGGGUGUGGUCCUGCAGUGUGCCUCUGGGGGCUGGUUUCCGGAGCCUGAGCUGUGGUGGCUGGACUCUGAGGGAGCGCUGCUGUCUGUGGAGCACUCUGUGUCUGUGUCUGAUGGACUCUAUGAGGUCAGCAGCAGAAUGAGUGUGGAGCAGAGCGGCACCUUCAGCUGCACCGUGAACCAGAGCUCCACCAACCUCUCAGAGAAGAACAGUGUGCAGGUGGAAGAUGAUGUUUUUGGAGUGAAGAUUUUUCCAGUCUUCAUCGUCUUAACUGUUGGAUUGGUUGUUUUUGCUGGAGCUGCCAUCAUUUUGUUGUUGUUUCUCCUUCGUGCAACUAAACAGAAAACCCAAACUGAUGAACCCAAGCUGGAAGAACCUACCUGUAAUGACAUGGAUGAAGAGACGCCUUCAAAGUAACAUCAUGCUGGGGGUGUUCUUCAUCUCUUUGGGCAUAUUUAGCAGUUAUUUAGCAGGGCUUUCACACAAUGCUUUUUUAUAAUUGAACACACACAUCACAUCUCUUGAAGAGGAGAAUAAAACCUUGAAGACUAAACUGGUGAGUACUCGCCCACUCAAGGCAACACUAUGAAAUCUAAAUAUGAAUGUUGAUUUGUGUAAAGUAGUAUGAGUAAAGUAUAAACUCACUGUGUAGAUCACUGUCAGUUUCUUUUUGUUAUAUUGUG